GGCUCGUGCUUUAUUCAAAGUACAGGGCCAAGAAGACCAAUUCAGUAUCUUCUAAAAGGCAUCUGAGUUUGUGACUUAGAAUCGGCUUCUACCAUGGAUUCCUCGCACAAUAACGCUAGCCCUGACUUUUUGCAAUACGACCAAACACGCCCCAUCUCUGUAGUCGAAGUCGACCUCAACCCGGACACACUCAGUCAUCACAAGAAUGUCGUUCGGAGAUUUUACAAAGAGCUGUGGGACAAACAUGACACUACUAUAAUUCCUGACCUGAUACAUGAUGACCUCACCUUCCGUGGCUCACUCGGCCCUGUCUUAGUAGGACACUCCCAGUUUGCAUCUUAUGUAAAUUGGCUUACUGGAGUUCUGGGCUUAUACACAUCGGAUAUCCUUGACCUAAUCGAAGAAGGGACCAAGGUGACAGCAAAACUCCGAUUUCAUGGAAUCCACAAUGAUCAUCUAUUUGGACAGCCACCCACUAGGAAUUGGGUGUGGUGGCAUGGAGUUGCUAUAUUUACAUUCGAGGAUGGAAAAAUAAAGGAUUUAUGGGUCCUGGGAGACAUUCAUGGCUUGAUUGGUAGACUAAAUGAAGCCGUGCCAAAACUUGAAUUCGUAGCGAUUGGGCCGGCGGCCGGAUGACAGGUAUGGUUAUCAUAUAUGGUAAUAACACCUAUCCGUUGGCCAUUGCGGUGUGAAAAUAUCUUCUUUACCUCGAUCAAACGAAGGAAAAUUGCCAAGUUAAUUAGUACUAUGUUUUGAUGAUAAUAGCAUUUAGUGACAAAUAUACAUUAAUUGUUGUAUCAAUGGAGGAGACAAUGCUUACGUUUCCAGAGACAUCUAGAGACUUUCAC